AUGCAUUUCAAGAAGACGGGGAUGCUGGUCUCUCUGCGUGAACGAAAUCUUAUCGACUGUUCUGAGGAGAAUGAUGGAUGCGAAAGUGGAUUUAUGCACCUAGCUUUUGACACUGUGCGGAAGGAAGGUGGGAUCAAUUCAGAGAAAAGCUACCCUUAUGACAGACAGAAAGGGAAAGGUUGUCACUAUAAUCCUGAGGAAUCUAUUACCAGAUGUAACUCAAACGGACAGAUCAUGGAGGGGAAUGAAAAAGGCCAGGAGGUUGCAGCCAAGAUUGGUCCAGUUUCUGUUGGAAUUGAUGUUCGGAGUAGCAAGUUCCGCUUCUGUAAGUCAGGAAUAUAUAAAGAAAACUAUGAUGGAGAAAAGCACAUAGGUCAUGCUGUGCUGAUUGUGGGUUAUAACCAUUCCAGCAAGGGCAAUGGCUAUUGGAUUGUAAAGAACAGCUGGUCCACUCUUUGGGGCGAGAAAGGUUACAUGCGCUUAGCCAAAGGAUCAAAUGAAUGCAACAUCGCCGAUGACGCCGUCUUUCCUCUCCCAGAUCCAAAGAAAGGAAUGUAAUUUCUUCUUUCAGCAUAAGGAUUCUUUGAAAUGCAGAGCUAAUAGUUACCAAUGAAUGACCUGCUGCUUCUGAAGUUUCUGGAAGAAAAAAAAAUGCUAAUAAAUGCUUUGGGGCAACGCUACUCAGAUCUUACCUAGCACACGCUGUUCUAUUAUGCACAUGUGUUUGUUAGAGACAUUGGUAUUGCUAUAAAUGUGGCCUAUUUCCCCAGGGAAUGUCAGAAUUCCUGAUGCAUCUAGCACUGUAAAAAAAGGCCAGAAAAUAUGCAUUAUAAAUAUGUAUUAAUUUCAUACACAUCUGGUUCAAGAUACGUUGAGAUGACACUUUUUAUUCGGCGCAGUGCAUAGA